AUGGACUUCACCCAGGAGGAGUGGGCAUUGCUGAAUUCAUCUCAGAGACAACUGUACAGAGAUGUGAUGCUGGAGAACUAUAGAAACUUGGCUUCACUGAGACAUCAACUCAGCAAACCUCCUCUCAUCACCCAGAUGGAGCAGGAAGAUGAAAUGGAGACACCUCCCGGCACGGCGCGCCCAGACCCGACUGAGCCAGUUUCUGGUCCGCUCCGGGCGGCGGUCAACGUGAGCACCCUGGCGCGGGGCACGGGGGUGCGGAGCCCCGGGCGGGGGCCCACUGCGAGCCGCUGGCUGAUCGCAUUGCUGUUGCUGCUGCUGCUGCUGCCGCUGCCCGCCGCCGCGUGGUACAAGCACGUGGCGAGUCCCCGCUACCACACGGUGGGCCGCGCCGCGGGUCUGCUAAUGGGGCUGCGCCGCUCGCCCUACGUGUGGCGCCGCGCACCGCGCCCGGCUGCCGGGCCCCUUGCCUGGGACGGCUUCGGCCUGGGCGUCUCCCCCCAGGGGCCAUCUGCCAGAAGCACCGUCUCUGGGGGGCCCGCCGCCCGCGAUGCUGUGUUGCUUCCCUCCGGAGUUCAGAAACUGUGGGAGGUGCGACGCAAAAGCUCCCGCGCAGGGCUCCCGGUGAGUGCGCCUCGCAGCCCGCGCGCCCCGAAGUCCGCACCCCAACCGGAGCUGCGGCUGGGAUCCUACUCCUGGACCUCUGAAGAGCAGGCCAGAGCCUUCGGAGUGUCUCCUGCUCAGUCAUGGUCUGCGCAGGGAACCGCCUUCGCCAGCCCCCGCCUCUCCCCAGAGCCGUCCUGA